UCCCUCUUACCCCAACCACUCUCUCUGUUCUCGCUUCGCUUUACUGCCAGAGAUUAAUUUCGGGGUUGAACCGGGACGUGUGCGAUCCGGUACUGGAAAUACUCUCUUCCUCUUCCGGCCUGGACUUUCUCUGUUCGUGCAGCACGGGACAAGUCUUGCAUAUCCUCCGGUUCAGAUGAUCACAACCGAACCGCUUUUCCUGCAAUUUGUCCAGUUUUGAUUGUUUUCGAAAUUCAGUAUGACGCAAUUAGGAUAUGAUAUUAGAGACCUCUUUCAAGAAGCUCAAACCCGUUGGCUGAAGCCAGUAGAAGUGCUCUUUAUUUUACAGAACCAUGAGAAGUAUCAGCUAACCGAGGAGCCCCCUCGACAGCCAACUAGUGGAUCGUUAUUUUUAUUUAAUAAGCGAGUCCUUAGGUUCUUCCGAAGAGAUGGUCAUAAUUGGCGGAAAAAGAAGGAUGGAAGAACUGUUGGGGAAGCACAUGAACGCCUUAAGGUUGGAAAUGUUGAAGCAUUAAAUUGUUAUUAUGCGCAUGGAGAGCAGAACUCCAAAUUUCAGAGGCGUAGCUAUUGGAUGCUGGAUCCGGCAUAUGAGCACAUUGUUCUGGUACAUUACAGAGACUUAACUGAGGGAAAGCACAGUCCUGGAUCUUUUGCAUUGUUAUCCCCAGGAUCCUCUUCUAGCUACAGUCAGAGUCCUACCUCUUAUAUUACGCAAAAUCCAGGCUCUAACUCCAAACCUAGCGACUUUGAUCCUUACAAGAGUUCAUCUAGCCCAGGCUUAGAAGUUAGUUCUGAGAUAGCCAUUAAGAAUAAUGGUGUGGAUGACCUGGAGAGGGUGGGUAGAACAGGACAGAAAGAAAACUCCGAUGAGCUUCAGGUUACUCAAGAUUUGCGAAGGCUUGAGGAGCAAUUAAGUUUGGAUGAAGAGAGCUUCAAAGAUAUUAGUCUAUUCUACAAUCGGUAUGAAAAUUCAAAUGAUUCAGAUAUUUCAGAAUAUGAAAUUAAGAACUCCAAGCAGGAUGAACAUGCAGCUUUACAGCACGGACCAGAAUAUAUUGAUAUGUACUAUGGGCCACAUGCUGGAGUGCAGAACUCAAACAGCCUUGAGCUUCUUCAUAAUGCAGAUGAAAGUAAAGGAUCUUCAUCUUGGGAAGUGGUGUUUGAGUCAUUUAACCCUUCAUCAGAUGUUGAAUCCCAGCAGAAGCAUUUGUAUACAUUGGAUGUAAACGAAAAGAAUCUCUCUCUUUCAAGGAAUGUGCCAAAGGAAGAGGAGCAUAGUGAUUGGCUGAAUUUCAAUGUAGAUAAUGCUGAAAACACUUCUUUGUUGCCGCAUAAAGAUGCUGGCAGGUUCAAAUUUCCCGAAUAUUCUUCAGCAAUAGAAACUCAUGAAAUUACUUCUGACUACUACACGACAUUGCUUGGACAAGACCAAACAGGAAUGCUUCUUGAAGCAAAUUCAAGUUUGACUGUCGCCGAAAAACAGAAAUUCACCAUUUGGGAAAUAUCCCCCGAAUGGGGUUAUGAAACUGAGGCCACAACGGUCGUCAUCAUUGGAUCUUUCCUCUGUGAUCCAUUGGAAUCUACCUGGGCUUGCAUGUUCGGUGAUGUCGAAGUUCCUGUUCAGAUCAUUCAGGAAGGCGUCAUCCGUUGCAAAGCUCCAUGUCACCUUCCUGGAAAGGUGACUCUCUGCAUUACUUCUGGUAAUCGGGAAUCCUGCAGUGAAGUCAGAGAGUUUGAGUAUCGAAUGAAGACAAGAACUUGCACGUACUGCGCUUCAACUAAUACAGAAGCCAAUAAGAGCCCUGAAGAGUUGUUGUUACUUGUUAGAUUCGUGCAGUUACUUCUGUCUGAUUCAUUGGUAUAUAAAAGAGACAAUGUGGAAUCUGAAAUUGAUGUAUUGAGAAGAGUCAAAGCUGAUGAUGAUUCAUGGAGUCAUGUCAUAGACGCUUUAUUAGUUGGGAGUGGAACUUCAUCCGGUACCAUUGAUUGGGUUCUUCAAGAGCUUCUUAAAGACAAGUUGCACCAGUGGCUUUCUUCCAGAUCCCAGGAAGGACGUGACCAGACAGACUGUUCCUUGUCCAAGAAAGAGCAAGGAACAAUACACAUGAUUGCCGGGUUGGGCUUUGAGUGGGCUAUAAAUCCUAUUCUCAGUAGUGGAAUCAAUAUAAAUUUCCGUGACAUUAAUGGAUGGACUGCUCUUCAUUGGGCUGCACGUUUUGGAAGGGAAAAAAUGGUUGCUGCACUUAUUGCUUCUGGUGCAUCAGCUGGGGCUGUGACUGAUCCCACUUCCCAAGAUCCACAAGGCAAAACCCCAGCAUCCAUCGCAGCUGCCAGUGGGCACAAGGGACUUGCAGGUUAUCUUUCAGAGGCGGCACUAACUAGCCAUCUGUCAUCCCUCACAGUGGAAGAAAGUGAGCUUUCUAAAGGCUUCGCGGAGGUUGAAGCAGAAAUGACUGUGAAUAGCAUCUCAAAUGGGAGUCUCGCAGAUAAUGGAGAUCAGCUCUCCCUUAAAGAUACAUUAGCUGCUGUUCGGAAUGCAGCUCAGGCUGCUGCACGAAUACAAGCAGCUUUCCGUGCUCAUUCUUUCAGGAAAAGACUUCAGAGAGAAUCUGCUGUUAGUGUAGAUGACUAUGGCAUCAAUUCCGAUGACAUUUCAGCUUUGUCAAACCUAGUAUUUCGUAACCCACGUGAAUACAAUUCAGCUGCAUUAUCUAUUCAGAAGAAGUAUCGGGGUUGGAAAGGUCGAAAGGAUUUCUUAGCAUUUCGUCGGAAAGUUGUGAAGAUACAGGCUCAUGUGAGAGGUUAUCAGAUAAGGAAGAGUUACAAGGUCAUCUGUUGGGCUGUUGGGAUUCUAGACAAGGUUGUACUACGAUGGCGACGGAAGAGAGUUGGUUUGCGAGAUUUCCUGAGUGGGACAGAUACCAUUGAUGAAACUGAAGAUGAAGACAUUCUCAGGGUGUUUCGCAAGAAGAAAGUGGAUUUGGCUAUUGAUGAGGCCAUUGCUUUGGUUAUAUCCAUGGUUGAGUCUCCAGAGGCCCGUUGGCAAUAUCGUCGCGUGCUUCAAAGAUACCGGCAAGUUAGGGCUGAACUUGGUAGCACAGACAGUGAAGUAAUGGGAUCAUCUUCUCUACGUCGUAUGAAAGAUGAAGUUAUGUAUCACUUCCCAUAGAAGCCAUCCGCUAAUCAUCCUAACUAAUAUUAGGUUGGCAUGUUUUUACUUUGCUUGAUAGUGAUCUCCAGAUUUAGUUUGUGCUUAAUGGGCGGAUUUCGCAGCAAUUGUAAAGUGAUUAAUGAGCCUAUAUUAUCAUAUGUAAAUGCUCUGAAUGCAAUUUCUGUAAA